CAGCUGCUGUUUCAUAGCUCAGACAGAACAGAGAGUUCACUUUGUGCUUUAAGUUCCAGUUUUUGUUACUAUGAAACUUUCCAGACUAAACUAUCUUUCAAAACCCUUCAAGAUUCCAACUUUCACUCUCAAACCAACCUUAACUCUCCCAAUCUUAGAAACCCACUUGCAAAAAUGUCAAAACAUCAAGCAAUUCAAUCAAAUCCUCUCGCAAAUGAUCCUUUCUGGCUUCUUCAAAGACAGUUUUGCAGCUAGUAGACUCCUUAAGUUCUCCACUGAAUUACCUUUCAUUAACAUCAACCAGUCAUAUCAAAUAUUUUCACACAUUGAGAACCCAAAUGGGUUCAUUUGUAAUACCAUGAUGAAGGGUUAUAUGCAAAGAAAUAGCCCUUGUAAAGCUAUAUGGGUUUAUAAGUUUAUGCUUGAAAGCAAUGUAGCAGCUGAUAAUUAUACUUAUCCAAUAUUGUUUCAGUCUUGUUCUAUUAGAUUAGCUGAGUUUGAUGGGAAAUGUAUUCAAGAUCAUGUUUUGAAGGUGGGUUUUGAUUCUGAUGUUUAUAUACAGAACACUCUGAUUAAUAUGUACGCUGUUUGUGGGAAUUUAAGUGAUGCACGUAAGGUGUUUGAUGGAAGUUCUGUUUUGGACAUGGUUUCGUGGAAUUCGAUGUUGGCAGGGUAUGUUUUGGUAGGGAACGUGGAGGAGGCUAAGGAUGUGUAUGAUAGGAUGCCUGAAAGGAAUGUAAUUGCUUCGAAUUCGAUGAUUGUUUUGUUUGGUAAGAAAGGUAAUGUUGAAGAGGCCUGCAAAUUGUUUAAUGAAAUGAAACAGAAGGAUUUAGUAUCGUGGAGUGCAUUGAUUUCAUGUUAUGAGCAGAAUGAGAUGUAUGAGGAGGCUUUGAUUUUGUUCAAGGAAAUGAAUGCUAAUGGAAUUAUGGUGGAUGAGGUCGUGGUGCUUAGUGUUCUUUCAGCAUGUUCUCGCUUGUUGGUGGUUAUAACAGGGAAGUUGGUACAUGGUUUGGUUGUGAAGGUUGGGAUUGAGACUUAUGUUAACCUUCAAAAUGCGUUGAUUCACAUGUAUUCAAGUUGUGAAGAAGUGGUUACUGCUCAAAAGUUGUUUAGUGAGAGUUGUUGCUUGGAUCAAAUAUCAUGGAAUUCUAUGAUAUCUGGCUACGUUAAAUGUGGGGAAAUUGAAAAAGCGAGGGCUUUAUUCGAUUCAAUGCCUGACAAAGAUAAUGUAUCAUGGAGUGCAAUGAUAUCAGGUUAUGCUCAACAGGACAGAUUUACUGAGACUUUAGUUCUGUUCCAGGAAAUGCAGAUUGAAGGAACAAAGCCAGAUGAGACGAUUUUGGUUAGUGUGAUCUCAGCUUGUACGCACCUGGCUGCUCUUGACCAAGGCAAGUGGAUUCAUGCUUAUAUAAGGAAGAACGGGCUAAAGAUUAAUAUCAUUUUGGGUACAACUCUUAUAAACAUGUAUAUGAAAUUAGGGUGUGUUGAAGAUGCUUUGGAGGUUUUCAAAGGGUUGGAGGAGAAGGGGGUUUCUACUUGGAACGCUCUCAUUCUUGGUUUGGCAAUGAAUGGAUUAGUGGACAAGUCACUCAAAACAUUUUCAGAGAUGAAGGAACAUGGUGUAACACCUAAUGAGAUAACCUUUGUAGCAGUUCUUGGGGCUUGCAGACACAUGGGCUUAGUGGAUGAGGGACACCGUCAUUUUAAUUCCAUGAUUCAGGAGCACAAGAUUGGGCCCAACAUCAAGCAUUAUGGAUGCAUGGUCGAUCUUCUAGGACGUGCAGGUAUGCUAAAAGAAGCAGAGGAACUCAUUGAGAGUAUGCCAAUGGCACCAGAUGUUUCCACUUGGGGUGCCUUGCUUGGAGCUUGUAAGAAAUACGGUGACAAUGAAACCGGGGAGAGGAUAGGAAGAAAGCUUGUAGAACUUCAUCCUGACCAUGAUGGGUUCAAUGUGUUACUUUCAAACAUAUAUGCUUCAAAGGGCAAUUGGGUUGAUGUUCUUGAAGUUCGGGGAAUGAUGAGGCAACAUGGGGUGGUGAAGACCCCAGGUUGUAGCAUGAUUGAAGCACAUGGUAGAGUUCACGAGUUCCUCGCUGGAGAUAAGACACACCCUCAGAAUGAACAUAUCGAACAUAUGUUAGAUGAAAUGGCUAAGAAAUUAAAGUUGGAAGGUUAUGCACCAGAUACACGUGAGGUUUCCCUUGAUAUUGAUGAAGAAGAAAAGGAAACUACUCUGUUUAGACACAGUGAGAAGCUUGCAAUUGCCUUUGGGCUUAUUGCUAUUGAUCCACCAACACCAAUAAGGAUAGUGAAGAAUUUGCGAAUAUGCAAUGAUUGUCACACGGCAGCAAAGUUGAUCUCUAAAGCUUUUAAUCGUGAAAUUGUGGUGAGGGAUCGGCAUCGCUUCCACCACUUCAAGCAGGGUUCUUGUUCAUGCAUGGAUUAUUGGUAGAAAAAAAUAUACAAAUUUCUGUGUUUAUUCAUGUUGAGCUUGUCCAGUCCGACCAUGGUAGACAUGUAUUUUUUUCACUGGUUGCUGCCUGGCAUACAAUUAUAAGACCUCAGGCCGGGUACUGUUGAAAUGAAACAGUAACCAUGCCUUACAAAAAGCAUCAACCUACAAUGGCUGGUUAAAUUCUCCAACUGCAGAACACGAGUAUGAAAAGAGAGUGCCUUUCUUUGAAUCCCAAUAGAAGAAUGUGAUUUCCAUAUAUCAGGGGGUUUGGCUCUGUGUUUUAUACCGGCUUAUCACAAGUGUCCUAUUUCUUCAAUUUUUGAGCUAUACUGCUUUCACCACCAAUGAGGUGAUGGAAACCAUGGGUGCUGGCGAGUUCGGUGAUGCCAUGGUUCUAUUUUAAGAAUGAGGAUUUGGUGGAGGCCUGUCUAUUUUCAUGGCAUGCAUAUUAGUCUAAAUUUCUAAAAUGUUGCUGCUGCUGUUGCUACAAAAGUAAUUAAUUUCUUGGUGUUGAUGUUGCUAUAAAAGUAAGCUAAGAAGCAACACAAUUGGUUACAAUUCCGUGACAGAGUUGUGUAACAAAAAGUAUCGCUAUAAACUUUGUAGUAGUAUUUAAAAAUGAGUUAAUGUAUGAUGAUAUGCUGAUAAUAUUGAUUGCUGCACAGUGGCUGUGUUCAAAUGCA